GCCAUCCUCCCGAGUGGAAAAGAAGGGUGGUGCGAGGGGCGGAUCGCUGCUGCUUCUGCUGCUGCUGCGGAGGACCGCGGACGGUCUCCUGCAGGUCUGACUUCUGCCAAAAUGAGCGGCCUGGAUGAGGGCGACAGCCUCCCUAUCGCUAAAUCCUGCAGCCCCGCUACUCCCGACCAUGCCCCGGGACAUCCGGACCUCAAGCAGUAUCAGGGCGAGGAAACCGAGGCGACCUCGGUGAUGGCGGACACAGGUGAGAGCGGCUUGGAGACUGCCGCAGAGGGAGGCACAGCCCAGGACCCCGCGGUCUGUGGCCUUGCGCUCCGCAUUCGAGUUGCUGGGAGUCGCGGCCGCGUAGCGACCAAAGCGGGCCAGAAAGAGGCUCCGGCUUCCACGGAGGGCCUGGAAGCAGCCUCUGCCUCUACCUCGGUGGGAGCCGACAAUAGCCAGGAAAAUGGCUGUCAGCGUAGAGAGCUACGCAGCCCUGCAAUCGAGAAGGCUCUAGAAGCCUGUGGCGCAGGGAGCUUGGGGGCUCAGAUGUUGCCUAGAGCGAAGGCCAAGGAAAUGACGAAAAAGUGCGCUGUUUCUGCGGCAGGGGAAAAGGAGGGAGUAACAGAGGCGGUGGUAGAGGGAAAGAAGGUUAUGCAGAAGGAAAAAAAGGUGGUAGGAGGCGAGAAAGAGGAGACCCGGGCCCGAGCCCCGAAGAUCAAUAACUGCAUGGAUUCGCUGGAGGCCAUCGAUCAGGAACUGUCAAAUGUAAAUGCCCAGGCUGACAGAGCUUUCCUUCAGCUGGAGCGCAAGUUUGGCCGUAUGCGGAGGCUCCAUAUGCAGCGCAGAAGUUUCAUUAUCCAGAAUAUCCCAGGUUUCUGGGUCACUGCCUUUCGCAACCACCCGCAGCUGUCACCUAUGAUCAGUGGCCAAGAUGAAGACAUGAUGAGGUACAUGAUCAAUUUGGAAGUGGAGGAGCUUAAACACCCCAGAGCAGGCUGCAAAUUCAAGUUCAUCUUUCAGAGCAACCCCUACUUCCGAAACGAGGGGCUUGUCAAGGAGUAUGAGCGCAGAUCCUCUGGCCGGGUGGUGUCUCUUUCCACUCCAAUCCGCUGGCACAGGGGCCAAGACCCCCAGUCCCAUAUCCACAGGAACCGGGAAGGCAACACUAUUCCCAGUUUCUUCAACUGGUUCUCAGACCACAGCCUCUUAGAAUUCGACAGGAUUGCCGAGAUUAUCAAAGCAGAACUGUGGCCCAAUCCCCUCCAAUACUACCUGAUGGGUGAUGGGCCCCGCAGAGGAUUUCGAGACCCAGCAAGGCAGCCAGUGGAGAGCUCCAGGACCUUCAGGUUCCAGUCCGGCUAACUCCUGCCCUGUGAGAGAAGCUCCUGCACAAGUUCCCCUACCACCCACCUCCUCUCAGACCCGUGCUUAGCCAACAGCAUGCUGUCCUCCCUGUACUUUCUCUUCACACUGGAUUUUGUCCUUUGAUCCUUCUAAAUUCUCAAAACUCAGUGGCAAGAUGGUUGCUUAUAUGCCAAUGCUCUCCUUCUUCUGGGCCUUCCUGCUCUUCUGCAUCCUGUUCCACUGUUCCAAGUGCAUGGCCUUCCACUGCUUCUAUGCCAAGCACAUAAUACUGUAGAUACCCACUGCCGCCUUUUGCAUGCUCUGGGCCCUGACUGUAGCCUUCUCCCAGUUUUUAAAGCGGUUGUCUACCACGAAAAAGCUUGAUACACUUUUGCAGCUACUUAGCUGGGCUUCAUACUUUGUGCUGACUGUCCUGAUACCCAUGUACUCUGUGGCCAAAUCUUUGAGUUUCACUGCUGCAAGAUGAAGCUGAUAGAGAUGAUGCCAGCCAUCACCUAAACUGAACAUUCCAGGCUACCAGUAACUGGUUUUCAACUGUCUUCCUGGGUCCAUGCCAUCUACCCUGCUGGUUAUUUUGCAGAAUAAGCAGCUGACUGGUGGGUGGUUACUAGGCAUGAAUGAGGUAACAAAUGAGGAGGGUUCUGUGUUAUGUUGAUCUUAUGCCUUUGGUCACUCUGCAUUGUGACCAGGUGGUGGUGAGUAUGAAGCCCUGUGAUACGGCCCACCCAAACCUGCUCUCAGCUUUCUGGAUGAGAUUUGCACAGGCACCAUUCCCUGCCUCUUUAGGAACUAUCGGGAGACUUAAGCUCCUGGAUAGCCCACAGGAACCAUCCCCCGCUCGACCCCCACCCCCUGCUUGCCAAAUGGUUAUCUGGAAACUGCUUGGCUGUCAGGCAGGUUGGGCAGUCGUAGUAUCACAGUGCCUAAAGCAAAGCUGGUGGGAGGUCCUUUCCAGCAGUUAGCCUUUUUGAGCUCUAGCCAACAAACCACCAUUAAUCUAGAUGUCCCCCUUCUGCACCCAUUCUAAACAUGACAAAGUUGCCAGGAUGGGGACACCAAGGAAGAGGUAUUUCUGGUCUGUAGGGCCUGUUAUGUAUCUUUCUCUCUCUCACUUUCCUGCUUUCCUCCUUUUCUCUUCCUCAUCCUCCUUCUCAUAAACAGUUACAGCUGAGAAAACAAACUGGCAAAGCAGGCUUUUUACUUUGCUUUCCCUUUGUGUCCAGAAAGAUACCGUGCAUUGGACUCCAGCUUUCUUACUGCCCUCUUCUGCCCUCAUGUGUCCACCCCACUUCCUUUAGUAAAGUCUAAACAUUUCAAAGGGAACUCUGUAGGGUGAAUUGCCUGCUUAUGGACAUUGUUCGUUGGGGCCCAAUUUGACAGCCCCUUACUCUUCCUUAUCCAUUACCCAAAACCUUCUGUGUGUUUUUUUGAGCCUUAGCUUAAGAAGCUGAGGGGAGAUCACAGAAGGGCUUCACGACAGACCCAGAGCAGGCUGUGAUCCAAGGUAAUAAAAACUUGGUUUCACUCCACCUUUCUAAGCUUGGAAGGUUUUUGAGGGGCCUCGUAUCACCUAGAAAUAACCAAGGCAACAUUUCGAGGGGCACUCCUGUUCUCUGUACUGUUUUUCCCCUGAAUUCCCAUGGGCCUGCAUCCUACCACUCUGGCGUUCUUGGCUCUCAGUCCACAGCCUCUGCAUUUCCUUCCCUGCUUCUGACCUAGUAAAUGAGGGAACAGGCUGCAGUCUCCUUGUGGGAGCUGCUGAGACUGCCUCAUCGGGGGUAAGGGGGUGUGUGAAGUCUGCUCCAUAGGCUGUCUGUACAGAGCUGUGGGGAGGGUGUCCUAAGCUGUAGAAACUGAAAGCCCAGGAAACCAAAUGAGCUUGCUGUGGAUUGGGCUUGGGAAUGCAAACAGGAUAGACUGGAACGCUGCAGGGUCAGCAGUAAGAUGAGAGGCACCUGUGGUUUUUCCCAGGAGAGGUGGGAGAAUGAAAGCGUUUGAUGCUUUAAGAUGAUGCUUGCAGAUGUUAGGUUUUCUCUCCAAUUUUUCCUGACUCCUUGAAUUCACCAGUAGAUUUUUGUACUCAAAUACAAGUCUGAAUGUUUUGUAUUCUAGCAUAUAUGGACAAUUAAUGGCAUAUGCUCCUUAUUUCACUGUGUUUGAGUCAAAUCCUAUUAAUUCUUCUCCAUAUUUGCUUGCUGGCAAAAUUGACAUUUACCGCCUGCUGUUUGUUUGUAAUUGAGAAUGUGUGCAAAAAUAUCAGGCUUAUUUCCUGUGCAGUAUGAAAACUUUUGUGAUUACUCACAAAUAUAUCAGCUUGUUCUGGUCUCUUUUCUUAUAUAGCUCUAUUCUUAGAAAUAUAAUUUGAAUGUGAUCUUUGAAAUUGUGCAGAUUGUUGCUGUCAUGUGAAAGUAUUCUCAAACAGAAAAACCUAACUGUCAUCUUGAUAUUUCUUGGUCUAGUAAUAACUGUUGUACUUGACAUCUUAUGUUCCUAACUUGUAGAAUUGUUCUGUCAAACUAAACAAAGAUAGUACUUUAGUCUUCUCCUGUGUGUUCAAAAGGAAAAAUAAAUCUGUUACUCUGCUGUUUCUUGUUUUCGCCAAAAAUAAAAAUAAAUAAUGCUCUGUUUUGUCUAGGCUAAUAAAUGGUUGCAAAAUCAUUAAAGUUAUCAAGUUGUUACA